AUGGGUUCCAAUGUCAUAGCACUGCAGAAGAUGGCAUGGAGGUGGGGGUCCACAGUCUGCAAACCGGCCUCGCUCACCCUGCUUCCACCCCCUGCAGCUCAUACCACUGAGGACACAUCUGAUUUCCUUCGACACGUGAAAUUCCAGUCCAGCAACUUUGAAAACAUCUUGACGUGGGAUGCUGGGCCGGCUAGCGCCCCUGACACGGUCUACAGUGUGGAAUAUAAGAAGUACGGAGAGAAAGAGUGGCUGGCCAAGGCUGGCUGCCAGCGGAUCACCCAGAAGUUCUGCAACCUGACUGCGGAGACCCGAAACCAUACCGAAUUUUACUACGCCAAGGUCACGGCAGUCAGCUCGGGAGGCCCACCGGUCACUAAGAUGACUGAUCGCUUCAGCUCGCUGCAGCACACUACCAUCAGACCACCCGAUGUGACCUGUAUCCCCAAAGUGAGAUCCAUUCAGAUGCUGGUCCACCCCACGCUCACACCCGUCCUCUCGGAAGAUGGCCACCAGCUAACCCUGGAGGAGAUUUUCCAUGACCUGUUCUACCAAUUAAAACUGCACGUCAACCACACCUACCAAAUGAACCUUGAAGGCAAAGAGAGAGAGUAUGAGUUCCUUGGCCUGACGCCCGACACAGAGUUCCUCGGCUCCAUCACAAUUUUGACUAAAAUACUGUCCAAGAAGAGCGCCCCCUACAUGUGCCGAGUGAAGACGCUGCCCGAUCGGACGUGGGCCUACUCCUUCUCGGGUGCAGUGCUGUUCUCCAUGGGUUUUCUCGUCGGCUUGCUCUGUUAUCUGGGCUACAGAUACAUUACCAAGCCACCUGUACCUCCUAACUCCCUGAAUGUCCAGCGUGUCCUGAGCUUUCAGCCCCUAUGUUUCAUCCAGGAACACGUGCUGAUCCCUGUCUUGGACCUCAGUGGCCCCAGCAGUCUACCUCAGCCCAUCCAGUACUCCCAAGUGGUGGUGUCUGGGCCCAGGGAGCCACCUGGAGCUGGGGGGCGGCGGCACAGCCUGUCUGACGUCACCUACGUAGGGCAGUCAGACGGCUCUAUCCUCCAGCCUACCAAUGGGCCAGCUCAGCAGACACUGUCCCCACCAUCCUACGCUCCAAAGGCUCUCCCUGAGGUGCAGCCCCUUUCCUAUGCACCUCAGGUAGCCUCAGAUGCCAAAGCUCUGCUCUACUCACCACAACAGGGGAUAAAGACUGGGCCUGCCACCUACGACCCGCAAGACGUUCUGGACAGCUGGCCUGCUUCCUAUGCUGUGUGUGUGGAAGACUCUGGCAAAGACUCCACCCUGGGGAUUCUCUCCAGUCCCAAACACCUCAAGCUCCAGGAAGACACACUUGUUAGAAGCUGUCUCCCAGAGGACCUUUCUCUGCAGGAAGUCACCUCCUUGGGUGAGGAGGAGGCACAGAGACCAAAAUCACUUCCUCCACCUCUGGGGUUCUGCACAAACGGACCUGACUUUCACACAUUGCACAGUGAGGAACCAGAGACACCUCGGUACCUGAAGGGGGGGCUGUCCCUCCUGUCCUCUGUGCAGAUCGAGGGCCACCCUGUCUCCCUCCCUUUGCACCUCCAUUCUGUCUCAUGUUCCCCCUCAGACCAGGGACCAAGCCCCUGGGGCCUGCUGGACUCCCUUGUGUGUCCAAAGGAUGAAGGUCCAGUGGCUGAGACUGAGGCCAUACUCCCCAGUGCUGUGGCCUCUGAGCUGGAGCAGUCCACAGAACUGGACUCACUUUUCAAAGGCUUGGCCCUAACUGUGCAAUGGGAAUCCUGAAGGGAAAUCAGAGCGAGCAGGCCUAGGCUUCCUCCUGUCCCACCCAGCUAACGACCCCUCACCCAGUAAGCCACAGGUUCUAAGGCCCAGCCCCCCGUGGGUUCCCUAGAGAGAAUGAGAGGGAGAUUUGGGCCCCAUGUGGGAAUCCAGAUGUAUGGUGAAGACUCUAGUGGAGAAGUAACAGGCAGGCGGCAUGUGCAAAUGGCCUGUGGCACAGAGCCCAGCAGACAGGACAGAGUGAGGUAAUGCAGGGAAAUCUGGAGAGCCAUCCAAGCUCCCUAAUCUAGUUUAACCAAGAGUGAGGUGUCCACCAUCUCCGAAGGAUCUUGGACUGGAAGGUGGGGGGCCAAGCAUACUAGGCACUUUGGCCGAGCAGCAGCAAGACUCGAGGGCAGAGUGUGGGAGAGGCUUACUCCCAGUCAGGGAACCUUUCUUUCCCUGCUAUGGGUGGCUUCACCCAGGAGUGACUCCUUAAUCCAUCAGGGGGUGAGCGGUGUCGCCUAAAACAUUUCUGCAGGCAGGGGUCCAGAGAAAAGCAUUUGAAAGGAACAUGGCUCCUUGGAAUCCAAAGGCCUUGGAAUCAAAUCCUGUCUGGGCUCACAUUCCAGCCCCUCUACCCAUCAUCUACAGGAUAUCAAGCAAGUGACUGAGCUCAGACCUCAGCUUCCCCAUCAAUGAAAUGGGCACUAUCACACUUACCUUCUGAGGCAGUGCCGAGGAUGACAUUAAUGUAUGGAAAUCGCUUUGUGGCACCCAGCACAUGGGCGGGGUCCAUUACUUGGCCGCUGUCUCAUGCUGGGAUUUUUUUUUUUAAAUCUGGAAACAUGAGGAGGGCCUCCUGUUCACAUUGGCUCAUGGGCAUUCUCUCAUGGAUUAGAGACUGUUGCAUGCAGGAACUGGACUAUCUAGGGCAGACAAGAGGAGUCUCUACAGAGCCUUCUGGAAACCGGCCCAGAGAAGCAACGAAUGGCACAGAGCCUUCUCUUUGAUGCUAUAGAAGCCAUUUGGGCAGAGGCCAUCUCACAGAGCCUUCUUUGCAUGGAAGGAGCCCCAGGCUUCUGUCCAUCCCACCUCGAGACACAUCGUAUGCACUCUGCCAGCCUGGCCUCUGGCCUGUGUCUGCACACAGCACGAAGAAGCCUUUGCUCUCUGCUGUCAGGAAGCUGCAUCUGUCGGAUCUCUCUCCUGUUAGACAGGCCUUACCAGGAGGCACCCAAGGCCAAUGCAAGGCCCUGUUGUGGAGUUUACAACUCAAACACAGGGCCUUUGUGCCAAGGGUGGAUGCUCUCUGCCCUGUUUGAAUUCUUGGGGGUUGAGUUUGGCAGAACACAAAUUAGGGGGGUCCCUAAGGGGUUCCUGAGAGAUAGGUGCCCUCUCCAUCACUUUCUUGCCCUAGAUCUCUGACACACAACCGGACUCCAUUUGUGUCAUCACGGCCUUCCGGAGAUACACUGUAUCCUUCCGCUAUGCUGGAUUAUACACUGUAUCCUUCCGCCAUGCUCACCUGUGUUUCCCCUUUUCUUCCCCACCGGAUCCCCUUAAUGACAUGGUGACAGGUGGGUCUCUUAUCUAUAUAUCAUUAAUAUUUAACCUCCCUCCAAGGUCACUGACUCAGUAUCUCAGGCCAAAGGUUAACCGUCUUUACUUUGUUUACAACUGAAUGACUGGCCUGUUCUCACCUGGUCAGUACAACCAGGGUUACAGAGCACUUUUAUGGAAGGCCAUAAACUGGCUGUCAGCUCCCAGGGCAACCAUAACAAAAAUGUGGAAGAACCUGGAGUGUCUGGGGAGAAGCCUUCGACCUCCUUCUAAGAGCCUCUCUCAGAUCACCAUACACACUCCUCCCCUGGCAUCCCAGGCCCAUAGCUGGGGCGGAUCCUGCCUGCUACAAGACAGGCUGUCAAAGUCCCACCAGGGCCAGAUGGUAAGCUUGACUUUUCUGAGAGCCCUACACUCUGACCCAAUAGCCUGGAAAGUCUCCAGCCCUGCCUGCUGUGCCCUGUCCCAGCGAGAGAAGAGGGAGUCGCCAAGUCACCUGCCUAACAAGGAAAGGCAGAGCCAGGGGUAAAAGAAUAGUGACCUCAGAACCCCUCAGGGAACAUUCCAAAACCCUGGACUCCUGUCCAGCCGGAACUCACAAGCUGUGCACAGACAAGGAGAGCUGUGAAUGCAGCCCAACAUAAAUAAAUGGAAAACGCACCUAAAA